AUGCAAUUUAUUCGCAACAGCCUCUCGUUCUCGUUCAACAGCAACCGAGGCAAUGGACAGUCGCCCGACGCAAAUGGCACAUCCAACGGAGCAAGCACAAACGUCCGUUCGACGGAUGACGAAAAGGUAGCACCGGCGCGAUCCGAAUCGAUCCUGAGCGAUCGGUCGCAGUAUGCGACGGUGCGAUCGAGGAUUGCGCCGGACCUUGGUAGCCCGCCGUCCGCGUACAGCACGCCGUUCCAGAGCCCAGUCAUCGCUAGCCGGGCUUUCCCGACGGUGGCCGCAGCAGCAUCAAAGCUUAACGGAAGUGAUCGGGAUGAUUCUGGCAACGGGACGACAAGCAAACAUGACCGCAGCAGCAAGGUGUACUUUAUCGAACCGGGACAGCUACAAGCGGAAUAUGAGCUGCCGGAACGGCCGGGUACGAGACGGGGUAGAAGCGUCGACAAUGGCAUCACAAAUCCCGCUUUCACCAACGAUACCGGGGCCACUGUGAUAAAUAUGUCCAGCACGCAGCCCAGUGUUAUUCGGGAACAAUACUGGACGUGGUCGUGUCGAUGUCACCGUGAGCUUACAAGCCGGGAGAAAGCCAUGAUUAUUGUGAUUUUCGUUCUAGUACUGGUCAUUGGAGGACUCGCGACGUAUUUGGGCAUUGUGGUGGAUAGUGAUGAUGGUAUUACUGGUGGCAUCCUUACUAGAGGGUUAACGCUUCAACCAGCGGUUCAUCAUUAGGACAAUAAGAAAUAUCAGUAAUAAUCGAUAAGCUUCUUCAGCAUUACGAUGCUAAAGAAAUAAGAUCAAAUUGUACUACAAAAAAGCAUUAGUCGGUAAUGAAUGCAACUAAAUCACACCCCACCUUGCUUGAAGGCUGCAUUUCACAUCCGUUUCUAUCUCAUGACGAUGCAAAACACCAAAAAUAUUUAACGAACUAACACGUUAGUCCGGCAGUUGUACCUUACUUUUGCUUUCAUAUAUAGUUUUACGUCACUUACUAUCGUGCGAUGCUGUAAGAUGAAGAUAGUAAACUGAAAAAAUGUUUUGCCAUUGAUAGGUUGAUAGGGUUGUUAAUUAUACUCCCUAGGAUAGUGAUAAAA